CGAUUGGAAAGUCGAUUUCUUUGUUUCUUCUGAUUUUUCUGUUGUUCACAUUCAAGUUUCUCUCCAUCGUAUAAGCUCCUCAAGUUCGCCAUUGAAGGAUUUCCAUCUCCAUCUUCCAAGCUGGAGCUUCUGGUUCGUUCUUUCUUCUUGUUUUUGAAAGGUUUUCUCGUUGAAUUCAACAACCCCUUUUGAAGGUUUCUUCAAUUCCACCGGUUUUCGACGAUCUCUGGUUGAUUCAUCGAGCUAGUGUGAGGUUUUGUUAUAAUCGCAGUUGAAUUUUGUGGGGUUUUUUUCUUUUUUCGAAGGUGUAGACUCGGUAUUGAAUUGAUAGGUUUUUGUUUAACUGUUGUAUUCUGUUUGUUUGAUUUUGAAUUGGAAAUGGGUGUUUGUUGAAGCAAUUGGAAUUGGAAAAGUGUUGAAACUAUCUCCUUCUUUAGUUGGAAUUUUGAUUGAUUAUCCCUGUUUGUGAAACGCUAUGCUUUGUAAUCGAGUUGUGGAUUGUUUGGUUGCUGGUUUUGUGGUGGUGUUGUUGAGUUGUAAUGGCUUCAUCUCUGCUACUGAAACUGAUUUGUCUUGUUUGAGAAGCAUAAAGCAUUCUCUUCAGGAUCCUAAUGAGUACUUGAUAAAUUGGGAUUUUAGCAACCGUUCUGAGGGGGUUAUCUGCAAAUUUUCUGGGAUUAUGUGUUGGCAUCCUGAUGAGAAUAAGGUUUUAAGUAUUAGUCUGCCUAAUAUGGGGCUUAAGGGCCAAUUCCCUCCUGGGAUUAAGAAUUGCACUAGCUUAACUGGCUUGGACCUCUCCAACAACCAGAUUUCGGGUGAGAUUCCUACUGAUAUUGGAGCCAUUAUUUCGUUUGCUACUACUCUGGAUCUGUCAUCGAAUGAUUUAACUGGUCCCAUACCCGUAAGCAUUGCUAAUUGUAGUUAUCUGAAUGUUCUCAAGCUCGAUCACAACCAGUUGUCCGGUCAGAUCCCUCCAGAGCUUAGCUUGCUCGGACGGUUGACGGAGUUCAGUGUAGCAAAUAAUCUUUUGAAGGGACCAGUUCCUAAGUUUGGUAGUAAUCUGACAAAUAGAGCUGAUAUGUAUGCAAAUAAUCCUGGACUGUGUGAUGGUCCUUUGAAACCUUGCUCGUCAACUUCGAAUAAUCCUCAUACUUCAGUAAUUGCAGGGGCAGCUGUUGGGGGGGUUACCGUUGCUGCAGUUGGUGUAGGUAUCGGUAUGUUUUUCUAUGUCCGUAGUGCUUCAAUGAAGAAGAGGAAGAGGGAUGAUGACCCUGAAGGAAAUAAGUGGGCAAGAAGCAUAAAGGGAGCAAAAGGAAUCAAGAUUUCUGCAGUCGAGAAAUCGGUACCAAAAAUGAGUUUAAGUGACCUCAUGAAAGCAACGAACAACUUCAGCAAAAACAGCAUUAUUGGGUCAGGGAGAACUGGAUGUAUAUACAGAGCAGUUUUUGAGGAUGGAACUUCAUUGAUGCUUAAGAGGUUACAAGAGUCUCAGCACACCGACAAGGAGUUCUUAUCCGAGAUGGCUACCUUAGGCAGCGUAAAACAUGCAAACUUAGUUCCACUUUUAGGCUUCUGCAUGGCUAAAAAAGAGAGGAUUUUAGUCUAUAAGGAUAUGCCAAAUGGAACUCUCCAUGAUCGGCUACAUCCCGAUGAUGGUGAUUUAAAACCAAUGGAAUGGUCUGUGAGACUGAAAAUUGGGAUAAGGGCAGCCAAAGGAUUAGCAUGGCUUCAUCACAACUGCAAUCCACGGAUCAUCCACCGAAACAUAAGUUCAAAAUGUAUCUUGUUGGAUGAAACGUUUGAACCAAAAAUAUCUGAUUUUGGUCUUGCAAGGCUCAUGAAUCCGAUUGAUACUCAUUUAAGUACUUUUGUGAAUGGGGAGUUUGGAGAUAUAGGCUAUGUGGCUCCUGAGUAUUCCCGAACCCUGCUGGCCACUCCGAAAGGAGAUGUUUACAGUUUCGGAGUUGUCCUUCUCGAGUUGGUCACAGGGGAGAAACCAACACACGUCUCAAAAGCACCUGAAGAUUUCAAAGGGAAUUUGGUCGAAUGGAUUACAAAAUUGUCCGAAGACUCCAAAGUGCAGGAAGCGCUCGAUGCUACCUUGGUUGGCAAGAAUGUUGAUAGUGAGCUUUUACAGUUUCUCAAAGUUGCACAAAGAUGUGUCGUGCCAACAGCAAAGGAAAGACCUACCAUGUUUGAAGUAUAUCAGCUUCUAAGAGCCAUUGGGGAAGGGUACAACUUCACUAGUGAAGAUGAGAUAAUGAUGCCUACAAACUCCGAGUGCGAAACUGGCCUCGAGGAACUAAUAGUUGCUCAUUGAGUAUAGGAAACUCGACAUGAAAGGACAUGUCAUUGCAAACAAAUGUAUGGAGGAGGAUGCAUAAAACUUCGCUGUCAAAGAAGCUUUUCAUAGCUGUUCAAGACAUCUUACCAUGAGAGGUUUGUUAUGUUUUUCUUUUAUGGGCAAGAUUAGUAAAUCUUAGUUGGAAAAAAAAAA